AUGGCUAGCAACGAUGAAGUACGGGGUUCUGGUGAUUGCAACGUCUAUGAGGCGGCAGACGCUUAUUUGAACCUUCUCGACGAGCAACGGUUGUUGCAGGCCCCACCUGUCACAUCCGAGACUGAGACUGACAUCGAGACCGGCGCUGAGACCGAGACCGGCACCGAGACCGACGAAGCCGGUAUAGAACCAAAACCGAAGAGGAUACGAUGCCCAAACCAGCUCAUCACCACUACACUGGUGGUCACGGAGGUGGACUCCGGCAAUUUUGAUGAUGCAGAUGAGGAUGAUGAUGUUGAGGAUGCCGAUGGGCCAGGCAAUGACGACACCGGGCAAGACGAAGAUAUGAUCGAUAAUGGCGGCGGGGAAGAUGCUGGACAUGGCGGAAGAGAAGGGGCCAGACAUGGCAGCGGAGAGAACAUGGACUCCACGCCGCAGAGCUCGUCGGUCGGCCUCGAUGAUGGUACUAACGCCGACAUCGACACUGAUGGCGCCGACACCGAUGGCGGCGCCGAGACCGGCGGGGAAGGUACCGGCGGGGAAGAUACUGGCAGGGAAGGAGAAGCAACACCAGCUUGCAGCCGAAAGCCCUACUUCUCUGAUGAGGCCUGA